AUGACGUUGAUCCGACAACAGUAUGAGUAUUAUCGCCUCAACUACAUUUGUAAUUUUGAAUGCAUACCUUGCUUGAAUCAAAAAGUGUUGUCACUUGGAGACAAGGAGCAAGGAGCAGCCUUAAACUAUCUUCCUUGCGGUACGUCCACGAGCGAGAAAAUGUAUGCCGAUAUAUUUAGUUCUUCUGAAAGUGAAGAUGAGGAGCCAGUUAGGCGCAUUGAACCGCGUCCAGUACACUUUUCAAGCGAUGAGGAAGAUACUAAACGUAUCGUCAAAAGUGGUCGCAAUAAACGGUGCGAAGAAAUGCAAAGCAUAAUCAAGAACUUGAACAAUCAUAAAAAAAUUAAAGACAUGUCAAAUAUAAUCAUAGAUUUCCAGAAUUUGGUAAAAGUUUACGAGAAAUCUGUUCAAAUGAAUGAUUUUGAGGGUGUACCACCAUUUUAUGUGCGGUGUAUAGCAGAGCUUGAAGAUUUCGUGAAUGAUUCAUGGGAGAAGAAAAAGGACAUGAACAAAGGUGCCGUUAAAUCAUUAGCUACGUUAAAACAACGUGUGAAAAAGUACACAAGGCUUUUUGAAGCAAAUAUACGAGAUUUUCGAGAGAAUUCAGAAAAUUAUUUAGAGGAAGAGCCUGGUGUUUCUGAUACUGAUGCUAAUGAGCGAGAAGCAGAACCUUCGCCAACCAAGGCUGCUGCAACUUUACCAACUGCUGCUGCAAAGAAAUCUGUGCGAAAGUCAAUUGCAUCGGAUUCGGAGGAUGAAGAUGACGAUGACACAGAUGACAGUGACAGUGACGAUUUUUCAGAUGAUGACAGUUCAAGUACUAGCAGUAUCGAUAUCAAUUUAGAACGUUGUAAGGAUCCUUCAGUCUACUUUUUAAAGGAUACUUCGGAUGACAAAAAGGAUAAGGCUAAAGUUAAGAAACUUGCAAAAGACAGACCAAGUAAGAAACAGCUACGCGCUGCUGCUGAAAUGGAAGAUGGGACUUGGACAACAAUUGAUUCCUAUGGUCGACCAGAGGUUCAAAUUCAAGCUUUCGAAAAAGGUCAAGAGAUUAAUUUUGAGGUUGUUGUAAAGAAGAUGGAAGAGAUUUUAGCUAGCCGGGGUAAAAAAGGCACAAGUACCAGUGAUCAAAUUGUUUUGCUUAUGCAAGUUGAAGAAAAAAUAAAGGAAUACAACUUGUCGCGUGGAUUACUUGCCAAGUUAUUAUUCGCUUUUAUUAGUAUCCUGUUUGAUUACGACAAGAAGCAUGAUUGUAUGAGCGCUAGUGCAUUUGAUCGCACUAUCAAUGCCUUUGAUCGCUUAUUCGAUCUGUUAAAUGAAGUAAAUGUGGAAUUAAUUCCAGUCGAUUCUAGUGAUGAUGAAUCCUAUGAGACUGAACCAUAUCGUAUUAGAGCAUCCCUGUUGACAGUGGUUGGUCUUCUGGAUGUUGAGUGUUUCAAAGUUCUGCAAAAUGCCAAUGGUCAUGAAUCGGAAUAUGUUGAUCGACUUCGAGAUGAACGCAGAGUUUGCGGUGUAAUAGAUCGUUUGUGUGCAUACUUGGAAAAGAAAGAAUUUCCACCGGAUGCUUUAUGUGUUGCUUAUCUUCAUAAACUUGAACACAUGUACUAUAAGUUCGACUUUGAAUGGGGUCGUAAAGUAGAAGCUUCAAGUAUGGAAGAGGUUGGAUUGCAUCCAAAUACCUUAGUUGUUCAAAAACUCAGCGAAUACAUAUACACACAUGAUCGAACUGAUCGUUUGCGUACUAGAGCAAUCCUCUGUCAUAUUUAUCAUUUAGCUCUGUUCAAUCAAUGGUUUAAAGCACGUGAUUUAAUGUUGAUGUCCAACCUACAAAUGUCAAUAGAACAUGCGGAUCAAUCAACUAUGAUUCUAUAUAAUCGUGCAAUGGUCCAACUUGGUCUAUGCGCUUUCCGUCAAUCUCAUAUUCGUGAUGCUCACAAUGCUUUAGCCGAUAUGAUUGGAUCGAAUCGUAUUCGUGAACUACUCGCUCAAGGACUUCAUACACAGUCAAGAUAUGAAAAAACUACCGAAGAAGAGAAACGUGAACAAGCACUACAGAUGCCGUAUCAUAUGUACAUAAAUAUUGAUCUAAUAGAAUGCGUCUAUCUAGUGUCUGCAAUGCUUUUGGAGAUUCCAAAUUUAGCGGCUCAUGAAACAGAUUUGCGUUGGCGUCCUAUCAGUAAACCAUUCCAUCUUGCCUUACGUGUUCAUGAUCGUGCUGCUCUAGUUGGACCACCUGAAACCCCGAGAGAUCAUGUGUUAGCUGCUGCUAAGGCUAUGCGUUAUGGAAAUUGGAAAGCGUGUACCAAUUUUAUCAUUAAUCCGAAAAUGGAUGCUAAGAUUUGGGAUUUAUUGUUCGAAUCGGGUCGUGUAAAAAAGAAUCUUGAAGUUAAGAUUAAAGAAGAAUCUCUGCGAAGUUUCUUAUUCACCUACAGUGCAAUACACGAUUCAAUGAGUUUAGAUCGUUUAUCAAGUUAUUUUGAAUUACCAAAAGGUACAAUCUAUUCAAUCAUUUGUAAAAUGAUUAUUAAUCAAGAAUUAGCUGCAUCUUUAGAAGUUCCCAGCGAUGCGUUAAUAAUGCAUAAGACAGAACGUUCACGACUUCAAGCUCUUGCGCUUCAACUAAGCGAUAAAGUCAAUAGUAUAGUAGAAAUGAAUGACAAAUUGGUUGAAAGUCGUAGUGGUGGAUUAUCCGGGUUAAAAGGUUCUCAAUCUUAUCAAGGAAGUUCAAAUACAUUUUCUAACAAUGUGCCAUUCUAACUCUACCAUUGGAGGAGUUUAAAUCACAAUGUCCAUUGUCAGUUUACACGUAACAUACGAAAGAGAACAUUACUUAUUAUUUCUCGUGACUAGGAAGUUAUCCUACAAAUGUACUACUCUAAUAAAACAUGUAUUAUUAAAUAAGCUUUUCCCAAGGUAAGUCAAUUAAUUACCUUUGAAAAAAUUUUUUUCCAUUUGUGUCAUAAAGCUGUCUUUUCUCAAGAUUGAUCAUAGUGUAUUGAUUACUCAUUUUAAAUCACUGUUCCCCUACUCUUUCUCUUUCUUUCUUUGUAGCACGUCGUACGGGUAUCCGCUAUGGAAUGACAAAAUUCAACUAAUGUCUUUUCUGGAUCACUAAUUAAUUGUCUUAGGUUUUCAGUUAGUUCUUCAACAUCUCUGUUUUUGUCUUAUCUCUGUGUGUUGUUGAACUAAACCUUUCUAGUAUUCAGUGAUUGGAGUUUAUUGGCUUACACUUCACUUUACUUCAUUCAAUCUCUUCUAUAACAAGAAAAAACAAAACAAACUAAUGCUGUAACUAUAUAAUAAUUACUGUUUUGUCGUAUAACUGACUAUUCCUUACACUAUACAAAUAAGCAUAUUUGGGGUUUUUUGUCUUAAGUUUUGGUGCUUUUUAAAGAAUUGUAAAGUUGAUAGAUGUUCUCCACGGACACUUGUUCUUGGUAAAUCUUUCAUAUUUAUUGCUUUCAUGAAGAUUGAUUGAUAAUCGACAAUAAGCUAGCUAGCCGCAUCAUACCAACAUGAAUUUCUAAAGCAGAGAUGACUUUAUUUCUUGGUUGUUGUUUUGAUUCACUUUCGACUUAUUGGUGGACGUUUGAAGUUAUAUUAUUAUAUAGCGUACAAUUAAUAGAGUUAAAAAUUAGGAAAUGAGUUAAG